UGGCGGCGGCGUUGGUGGCGGCAGUGGACGGGGCGGCUGGGCCUGGAACAGAAGGAGCAGCCGCUGGCAGAAGGAUGACUCAACACGGGAAGCGGGCUCCUGAGUCUCGCCGGUUCCCGUGCUUGUAACUGCCCCAGCCGGACACCCCCUCCCCCCUUGACCUACCGGGUCCGUGUCUCGUUCCGGCUUGGCCUGCCCCCCUCUUCCCUGGCCUGCCCUCCUCCAGGACAGAUUUGACUCCUUUCCCAAGCUCCCAGGGCUCAGGUCUUCUCAUUCCCCUGACCCGGGCCACUGCCGGGCGCACUGGCUGCCCUUUCCUCAGGUCAGCCCCGGGGUCGCCCCCAGGAGCCUGCCCUGCAAUCUACAGGGACGUCUUGCCUCGUCAGUCCUUCAGUGAAUCUACAGACCUAUUUUCUCAGGAGCUCAGCCUGGCCCUACUUCAGUGAUAAAGGAGGAAAGCUUCCUAGGGAAAUGGUCCCCCCAAAUGGAAUGUAUGUACCCUAAGGGGUAUGGAAGAUGAUCCAAUGGCUGGCUUCAGUAAACAUCAUUCAAGAUGUCCAGCAAAGGGAGCAGCACAGAUGGCAAAACAGACUUAGCUAAUGGAAGCCUGUCCAGCAGUCCAGAGGAGAUGUCUGGAGCUGAGGAGGGGAGGGAGACAUCCUCAGGCAUUGAAGUGGAGGCCUCAGACCUGAGCUUGAGCUUGACCGGGGAUGAUGGUGGCCCUACCCGCACCAGCACAGAAAGUCGAGGUACAGAUACAGAGAGCUCAGGUGAAGACAAGGACUCUGACAGCAUGGAGGACACUGGCCAUUACUCUAUCAAUGAUGAAAACCAAGUCCAUGACCACUUAGAGGAAGAGGAGGAAGAAGAAGAGGAGGAAGAAGAGCAUCCUCGGCGCCGUGUAAGGCGCAAGCGGGCCAAUCGUGACCAGGACUCAUCAGAUGAUGAGCGGGCCCUGGAGGACUGGGUGUCCUCAGAGACAUCAGCCCUUCCUCGACCUCGCUGGCAAGCCCUUCCUGCCCUGCGGGAGCGGGAGCUGGGUUCAAGUGCCCGCUUUGUGUAUGAGGCUUGUGGGGCAAGAGUCUUUGUGCAGCGUUUCCGCCUGCAGCAUGGGCUUGAAGGCCAUACUGGUUGUGUUAAUACUCUGCACUUUAACCAGCGCGGCACCUGGCUGGCCAGUGGCAGCGAUGACCUGAAAGUGGUGAUUUGGGACUGGGUGCGGCGGCAGCCGGUAUUGGACUUUGAGAGUGGCCACAAAAGCAAUGUCUUCCAGGCCAAGUUCCUUCCUAAUAGUGGUGAUUCCACCCUGGCCAUGUGUGCCCGUGAUGGGCAGGUGCGGGUAGCAGAGUUGUCUGCUACGCAGUGCUGCAAGAAUACAAAGCGUGUGGCUCAGCACAAGGGAGCAUCCCACAAAUUGGCCCUGGAACCAGACUCUCCCUGUACGUUCCUAUCUGCAGGUGAAGACGCAGUUGUCUUCACCAUUGACCUCAGACAGGACCGGCCAGCUUCGAAACUGGUGGUGACAAAAGAAAAGGAGAAGAAAGUGGGGCUGUAUACAAUCUAUGUGAAUCCUGCCAAUACCCACCAGUUUGCAGUGGGUGGACGAGAUCAGUUUGUAAGGAUUUAUGACCAGAGGAAAAUUGAUGAGAAUGAAAACAAUGGAGUACUCAAGAAAUUCUGUCCUCAUCACCUGGUGAACAGUGAGUCCAAAGCAAACAUCACCUGUCUUGUGUACAGCCACGACGGCACAGAGCUCUUGGCCAGUUACAAUGAUGAAGACAUUUACCUCUUCAACUCCUCUCACAGUGAUGGGGCCCAGUAUAUUAAGAGAUACAAGGGCCACAGAAAUAACGCCACAGUAAAAGGCGUCAAUUUCUAUGGCCCCAAGAGUGAAUUUGUGGUGAGCGGUAGUGACUGCGGGCACAUCUUCCUCUGGGAGAAAUCAUCCUGCCAGAUCAUUCAGUUUAUGGAGGGGGACAAGGGAGGCGUGGUAAACUGUCUUGAGCCCCACCCUCACCUGCCUGUACUGGCAACCAGUGGCCUAGACCAUGAUGUCAAGAUCUGGGCACCCACAGCUGAAACUUCCACUGAGCUUACAGGGUUAAAGGAUGUGAUUAAGAAGAACAAGCGGGAGCGGGAUGAAGAUAGCUUGCACCACACUGACCUAUUUGAUAGUCACAUGCUGUGGUUCCUCAUGCAUCACCUGAGACAGAGACGCCAUCACCGACGCUGGCGAGAACCUGGGGUUGGGGCCACAGAUGCAGACUCGGAUGAGUCUCCCAGCUCCUCAGACACAUCGGACGAGGAGGGCCCUGACCGGGUGCAGUGCAUGCCAUCAUGAGGCCUCGUACCCAGGAAGGGCAGGCUGGGGCUGCCAACCUGAUCCUGCCUGGGCAGCCCUUUUCCUGUCCCAGGUCCUUAUAUUCAGCAGAAACGCACUUUGGACUUUUUUGCUUUAGAUAUUAAAAAAAAAAAAAAAAAAAAAAAAA